ACUAGGCUUGGACAGUCCCUUAAGAGAGCUACUGAUGGAGCCCUGCGGAAUGAGGACUGGGCUCUCAACAUGGAGAUCUGCGACAUCAUUAACGAGACUGAAGAAGGGCCCAAAGAUGCCUUCCGAGCCAUUAAGAAGAGAAUUGUAGGGAAUAAGAACUUCCAUGAAGUUAUGCUGGCUUUGACGGUCCUGGAGACAUGCGUCAAAAACUGCGGCCAUCGCUUCCAUGUGCUUGUGUCCAGCCAGGACUUUGUAGAAGGUGUCCUGGUGAGAACAAUCCUGCCAAAGAACAAUCCACCUGCCAUAGUGCACGACAAGGUGCUGACCCUCAUCCAGUCCUGGGCAGAUGCCUUCCGCAGCUCACCAGAUUUGACUGGUGUCGUCGCUGUCUAUGAAGACCUGAGACGGAAGGGCCUGGAGUUCCCUAUGACUGAUCUGGACAUGCUGUCACCCAUUCACACACCACAGAGGACUGUGUAUAGCUCCAACUCUCAGUCCGGACAGAACUCACCUGCGGCUAACUCCCCUCAGCAGAUAGAGUCCAUCCUCCACCCUGUCACCCUACCCGCUGGGAGAGGGACAUCCAGCAAUGCGCCUAUCACACCCACACCAGAGCAGAUUGGGAAGCUGCGCAGUGAGCUGGAAGUGGUGAACGGGAACGUGAAGGUCAUGUCGGAGAUGUUGACAGAGCUGGUGCCGUCCCAGGCUGAGCCUUCCGACCUGGAGCUGCUGCAAGAGCUGAAUCGGACAUGCAGAGCCAUGCAGCAGCGCGUGCUGGAGCUGAUACCUCGUGUCCUCCAUGAGCAACUCACCGAGGAACUGCUCCUCAUCAAUGACAACCUCAACAAUGUGUUUCUGCGCCAUGAAAGGUUUGAGCGUCUGCGGACAGGACAGCCUGUUCAGGCACCAAAUGAGGCAGAGAACAGCUUGAUUGACCUGGGACCCAGUAAUCCUGCAGUGAGACAGCCUGAAGUCACCAACAGCCUGUCCUCUCAGCUGGCUGGAAUGAACCUGGGCUCGAGCAGUGUAAGCGCGGGGCUGCACUCCCUCGACACCUCUGGCAAGCUGGAAGAGGAGUUUGACAUGUUUGCCCUGACACGCUGCAGCUCGCUGGCUGAGCAGCGCAAAGAGGUAAAGUACGAAGAUCCCCAAGCUUCCAAAGGACUCGCUGGUGCCCUGGAUGCCCGGCAGCAGAACACAGGAACGGUGCCGGUCCCCCAAGCCAAUUUCAUGGAAGACAUAGAAAAGUGGCUCUCCACUGACGUGGGAGAGUCAGAGGAUGCAAAAGGUGUCACCAGCGAAGAGUUUGACAAGUUUCUGGAAGAGCGAGCAAAAGUUGCAGACCGGCUACCCACUUUGUCCAGCUCUUCAGCAGCAUCCGUCUCCCCUCCUGCUGCCAGCCAUCAUCGGAAGCAAGCAAAGGAAGAUGACGCUAUGUUUGCCUUGUGAAUGCUAUGGACUGGUGUGCUGUGGAGCAAGAGGCUGUGUGUGCUGUUUUUGCUUGCCUCUGACCAGGGGCCAGCAGAGGAAGGACUCUGUCCCCUUCCUCCACUCUCUUCCCAUUUUCCCUUUGAGUUGUUUUUAUUUUUAAGCUGCUUUCAGAUUUCAGAUAAUCUUUGUUGUGUUUAGGGAUGUCACACAAUAGGCUUGUGAAGGGGCUUUUCAAAGCUGCUAGAGAACGUGGGAGUUCAGUGGGCUUUUUUUUUUUGUGGUACAGUGUGGGCAAAGUAGAAGAAGCUCCCCAUCCUCCUCUCCAGUGAGGCAGUCCGAGAUCUUGCCCAAGAAAGAGGAGAGGCUGCAGUCUGCUGCUGAAAUCAUUCCUGCCAGCCUCUUUCCUUGCCCCAUCCCUAGAAUGGAUCUCCAGCCC